AAUCGGCGAAAGGAAGGUAAAAGAGAACCAAAUUCCAAUUCUGUCUAUACAGAUUCUACAUGGACGAGAAGAUGCUCAGAAGAAUGAUUGCAUCCAUUGUGCUAUUCAGCAUUCCUCUAUCUUCGACGACAAUCCAUGUCGGUGCUGCAGAUGUUGCGGUGCAACCGACAAAUCGUCAAAUUGUAAAUCUCGAAGUCAGGACAUACGUGUUCGUCCAUGGAUGUGGUGAAGCAUCUUGGGUGUGGUUCAGAGUGGCUGCCAUGCUUCAAGAAGUAGGCUUCACGACAGUUGCCAUCGACAUGGUGUCCCAUGGAAUCGACAAGACUAGUCCGGACGAAGUGCUGAGCAUGUCCCAAUAUGCAAAGCCGCUGACAAGCCACUUGGCAAAUGUGACAGGAAAGGUUAUACUGGUGAGUCACGGCCUGGGAGGCGGCCCUGCUUCUUACGCAAUGGAAACUUUUCCCGAGAAGAUCUCAAAGGCUGUAUUCCUGUCUGGGGUUAUGCCUUUGACCGGUGAAAUGGUCCUCGACGCGCUCAAACCAACCUUUCCUGCUCUGAUGAACACCUGCUUUCUUCUCAACUACAAUGGUGUGAAUAAGACGUACCCCUCCUCAAUAGUAGUCAACAGAACAGGUGCUCCGAAUUGCUACUUCAAUAGGAGUCCUCCUCUGGAUGUUGCUCUGGCGACGAAUUUGAUGGAGGAUACACCUUGGGCUGUUUUUUACGAUAGCAUAAAACUCACAAAGGCCAACUAUGGGUCCAUAGAUCGAUACUAUAUCCGCCAGGGACUGGACAGGAUCAUUCCUUACGACAUUCAACAACAGAUCAUCGCCCAUAACCCUCCAAAACAAGUUUUUCUUCUCAAGAACGGCGAUCAUUGUGGGUUCUUUUCUGAGACGCCUUACUUGUUCACUCUGCUCAAGCAGAUUGCAUUUCUCUGACCUGUUUAUGCAUUUGAAUUUCUUGCAUCAUAUUUGUUCUUCGGAUUUUGUUGGCUCGGAUUGUUUCGACAUUCGGUCCUUAAACCUCCAGUUCUAUCACCCAAGUGAUGAGGAAAUAAGAUGAUGAUGAUGAAAGCUGUCAAUUAGCAGCAUGCUGAGUCUAUGUAUCAUGGUGAUCAAUAAAGAAGUGAAUUUGAAGCUCAUCAAUAAAUUACUCUUC